AUUUAAGUUGCAAAAACUAAAUUGUUACUUUUAAGGUGUUAACCUAAUAGAUUGUUGUUGGUGGCGCUGUUGAUCAUUUCUUGGGUUGGCUAAUCAAUUGAAAGGUUGUUCAAGUUUUUUGGUUAACAUUUUGUUUCUAAUUGUGAUUAAUAUAUUGUUGAGUCGAGUUUAAUCUUAAUUGUUUGAGUGGUUAAUCCUCCGUCCAUGGUGUUCAUUUCUUUGGUUGUUUUAAUUGUUGUUUAAUUUAUUGACACUUGUUCUCGAUUGUUUCAUUUCAAUUUAUUGAUCAUAAUUUUUGUUGAUUGUUGGGUAAACUUUUUCGCAAAUUGUUUCUUUAUUGUGAUUAGACCAAGGAUUGUCUUGUGUUAUUUUGCCCACUGCUCAUUAUCAACUAAUCAAAGUGCCAAUUUGUUGAUUGUUGUGUCAAAAACGGAAAUAAUGUUUCGUCAUGUUGAUUGUUUGGACACCAGCGAUUUGUUUUUAUCGACAAAAGUAAAUCUUCAAUUGACCGGUUGAAACCAUUGGAUUGACCAAUCAACCUAAUUACCAGCAUCAGAAUAUCAAUUUCAAUAGAAAAGUUAAAUUCGAUUAACGAAAUUAAACUGAUAUUUUGAAGAUUAAUUAGCUUUCAUCUAGUAGAUUGGACAUCUAACCAAAGAGUAUCCAAAAUGUCGUGCAUUGAUCACGCUCUUUCGAGGAUGUUCACCAAGAUCGGUCGUAACAUCGGUCGUCAUCCAGGUUAUUAUCUUGUGAUUCCUAUUUUCGUGUCCAUCAUAUUUGCCACUGGAUUUCAACAGAUGAGAUAUGAAGAUGACCCCGAAUACCUUUUCAGUCCAACCGACGGAGCAUCGAAACACGAACGGGCGGUGAUCGAUAAUCUAUUCCCAAUGAACUACAGUCGAAACUUUAACCUUGGUCGGAUAACACACAAAGGUCGUUUCGGUCGGGUGAUCGCUAUUGCCAAGGAUGAGAGUAAUGUCCUUACUAAAAGUGUCUUCGAUGAGAUUGUACAAUUGGAUCGAUUGAUUAAAAACAUGACCAUUAAAUUUGACGAUGAUCCGUAUACAUAUGAAGAUCUUUGUGCCCGAUCGGAAGGCAAAUGCUUCGAGAACGAUAUUCUUGACUUUGUACCUCGAAUUGAAGACAUUGAGAGUCACAAGUUUUGGCUCAAAUAUCCGUUGUGGGUAAACACGGACAUAUACAAGGCCUACUUUUUCCCCGCUUAUUUGGGCGGAGUGGCCCGAGAUUCAAACGAUCUCAUCGAAAAUGCCAAAGCAAUAAACCUAAUGUACUGGUUGGAUAUCAGUCAGAAACACGGCGAUGAAAAAGCGGCCAUUUGGGAGGACAAUUUCCUCAAACGGGUGUCUAACCUUUCGUUCAAACACAUUAAUGUGGCUCGAUUUGUGUCCACUACACUUCGAGAUGAAUUAGAAUCAAACACCAAAAGUUUGGUGCCUUUCUUUUCAAUCACGGUAAUAAUCAUGCUCGUGUUUUCCGUCGGAACCUGUAUGAUGUCCGAUUGGGUCAGGUCGAAACCCUGGUUAGGACUUUUGGGCUGCGUCUCCGCUGGACUUGGAGUUCUAACCGCUUUCGGAAUAUGUUUCUACUUACGCGUCGAUAUGAUUGGUAUUAAUCUUGCAGCGCCUUUUCUCAUGUUGGGGGUUGGUAUGGAUGACGCUUUCGUAUUGUUGGCCUCGUGGAGACGGACUAAUCCCGAUUUACCGAUCGCUGAACGAUUGGCCGAAACUUAUUCAGAAUCAGCAGUUUCGAUCACAAUUACAUCAUUAACUAAUUUCAUCUCAUUUUUGAUCGGCACUUACACACCUUUCCCAUCGGUCAGAAUAUUUUGUAUCUACACUGCGGUCGCCGUGUUGACCACAUACAUUUUCCAUGUGACCUUUUUCGGAGCUUGUAUGGUUUACUUUGGACGGGCUGAGAAACGCAAUCUCCACGGACUGUUACUGAUUCCGGUGAUGCCCAAAUCGUUAGCGAAGGAUAAAGGAUAUUUGUUCCGUCUCUUGUGUACCGGCGGUCGAAAUGAAGAUGACCCUGAUAAUAAAGAAGAUAAUAAGGAGCACAUGAUGAUGAUCUUUUUCCGUGAAAAUGUUGCCAAUGCGUUGAAUCGAGGAGCGGUCAAAGUACUGGUCAUCUUCGUCUUUUUGAUCUAUUUGUCUAUCGGUAUUUAUGGUUGUACCCAAGUGAAGGAAGGUCUUGAUCGCCGAAAGUUAUCUCGUGAUGAUUCAUAUUCUGUCGACUUUUAUGACUACGAAGAUCGCUUUUUCCGUGAAUAUCCUUAUCGAAUUCAGGUUGUCAUUAAUGACACUCUUAACUACGCCGAUCCAAGGGACCAGGAGAAGGUUGAAUCGGUUCUGUCCAAAUUUGAAUCUUCGACUUAUGUUGGUAACCGAUCGAUGACUGAAUCUUGGCUUCGAUCUUACCUUGAAUUUCUGAACCAAGAGGACAGUUUCCUCUUUUUACAAGCACUGAAUGUCUCCGAAAAGGGCGAUUUCUAUCGUGGACUUCGAGAUGUUUUCCUCAAAUUCCCGAUGACGGAAGCGUUUAGAAACGAUGUUGUCUUUAAUGAAGAUGGAACUGAGAUCAUCGCUUCUCGUUUCAUGAUCCAAACUCACAACAUUAAAGACGCGAACAUGGAGAAAGAGAUGUUGAUUGAACUUCGACAAUUGGCCUCAUCGGCUCCUCUUAAUGUCACAAUUUUUCAUCAACUGUUUAUCUUUUUCGAUCAGUUCAUUUUAGUUCGAGAAAUUUCACUUCAAACAAUCACCGUUGCCGCGAUCGUCAUGAUGGCCAUUUCAAUGUUAUUUAUUCCGUCGCUUUCAUGUGCCAUUUGGGUCGCAUUUUCAAUCAUAUCAAUCGAGGUCGGUGUCAUCGGAUACAUGACACUUUGGGACGUUAAUUUGGAUUCGAUAUCAAUGAUCAAUCUAAUCAUGUGCAUCGGAUUCUCGGUUGAUUUCUCAGCUCAUAUUUCGUACGCGUACAUUUCGUGCGGAGAGGAAACUGCCGCUGAACGGGUUCGAUCGUCACUCUACUCAUUGGGCUUACCCAUUUUCCAAGGAAGUGUGUCCACAAUUCUGGGUAUCAUCGCUUUGGCCUUCGCACCUUCAUACGUUUUCCUUGUUUUCUUUAAGACCGUUUUCUUGGUGAUGCUUUUCGGUGCCACUCAUGGUGUCCUUUUGCUUCCGGUUCUCCUUUCAAUAACUGACCUUUGCCGUCCAUCUUCUAAACGGGACAAAUCAUUAGCUUCUGGUACACUGAAUCAAUCGUAUCCUGGUUUAGAUUUGACUGGUGUUCCACAUCCAUUUUUAAUUCCCGAUAAAACGUUUGAUGGUAAAAAGAUAACGGCUUCCGUUAAUCCGAUUUUUAUCCCUCGGCCAAGUUUGACUGGCGGAAUAGUUGGUGCAACUGGUCUGUCCCCUGCAGGUUCGGCGAUUGUUGAUGAAGAUUCAGGCGCUGGUUCAAAAAGUUCAGCAAGUUCAGAAAAAUCUGUAGGAGGACCUGGUGAUCUCGAUUAUGGCCUAGGUACUUCGGGAGAGGAUUGUUCAGAGGGUUCAUGGGGCAAGGGCGGUAAAUCCUCGUCCAUUUCAUCGGACUCAGGUCACAAUAAAACCAAAGGUAAACAAUCUGGUCAAAUGGUUGUAACCUCGAGUGAAACUUGUACCAACCUUUCAUCGGGUUUGGUUAAUCACUCGACGAAAGUUGCAACAAACGUACAAAGACAUUUGUACACUCGAUGGCCACCAAGUGGACUGAAUCGUGGUGAAGAUCAUGUUAAUCACGGUUAUGUCAGUGAUUCCGGUGAGAUUGACAAUUACGACCCACCCUUACCGGUAAUGUCACACAUUCAGGGUCACCUUUCAUCUGAUCAACAAUUUAAUCGAUCAACAAUCAAUAGAUUAUCAGCUUACCAUGAAUCAUCACCUUCAGCUGAUAAUCAUCGUAGUAAAUCAAACGGUUGGCCAAAACAAUUGAUUACCAACCAACAAUUGACCAAAGGAACAAUUAAUCUUAAUAAAUCAAUGGAUGAUAAUAGUUUCCUUUCAUCAUCUGAAAGGCAGCAAAUUAAACAUCGGUCUGGAACCGGUUCAAGGGAAUUAAUUAACUCUAAUCACUAUACAACCAAUCAAACUAAUCAAUCAUCAAGAUCAAUGAUUAAACCUCGAAACAAAACAAUUAACGAUAAGGACAAAUUUAGCAGAUCAAAUAUUAAACAUGAUAAAUUGUCUCCCAAUGAAACUAAAUAAGGAAACAAUUAAUACUUUAAUUACUUGGUCAACUUAAUUGGACAUUUUGACAAAAGUUGAUUAAAAAAUUGGCUACUUCUUAAUCAUCAUCAUCACAAUCAUCUUCAUCUUCAUAAUCAAUUAAUAAUCAUUUACAUUUACAUAGGAAUAAUAAUCAAAAGGAAAAUAUUAUUGGAAUCAAAUUGUUACGAUUACAAUUAUAAAAAAAUUAGAGUUCAAUUGUUAAUCUAAUGUCUCAAUCAAUCAUAUCAAUUCAUAAUAUAAUCAACAUAAGUUGAGUGAUAAUCAGUUGGACUAAUUUUGAAUAUUUUUUACGGUGGCACAAUUAAUCAAUUUAAUUGUAAAUGGUUAAAUGAUAAUCUAUUAAUCAAAUACUAAAUUGUAACUCCAAAUCAAAUAUUUCAAAUUGUUAUAUAUUAUUUUGUCUGACAAUUUAUUUUUUUGCCGAUUAAAGUGCCAAUUGAAGAGACUCAUAAAAAAAACACUCAAA